ACUAUAAUAGAGGCUGUAUUUGACUGUGCUGGAGAACUCCCACAGAGGAUAUCAGGCAGAGAGGACCAAGAUGAGGUCCAUUUCACUGCUUCUGUUGGUUGCUUUAACAGCCCUGGCUGAGUCCAACAUUGAAUACAAUAGGCGUGCCAAAAGGGAGCUUUUAGUGCGCUCUAAAAGAAGAUGGGUUUUGUCCACGAUUGAAUUAGAAGAAGAGGAAGAAGGACCAUACCCAAAACUAAUUUCCAAGAUGUUUAAUAACAUGACGGGGCACCACCACGAGUUCCGAAUAAGUGGAAUGGGUGUGGAUAAGCCGCCACUCGGAGUUUUUGAGAUCCGUAAGGACACCGGAGAAGUUUUUGCCAAUAGAGCUUUGGACAGAGAGAAGUACCCAAAACCCUUUCAUAUCAAGUUUGACAUCGUACACCAACACACAGGAAACCGAUUGGACGAGGAACUAGCUUUUGAUGUGGAGCUUAAAGACAUCAAUGACAACGCGCCUCAAUUUUUCCCUCCUCAAAUGACUGAACAGGUGAAGGAAAGUACACGUGGAACAUACUUGCCAGCGCUACUGUAUGUUAAUGACAUAGACAAGGAGAACACACCUAACUCGCAAAUUUCCGUAAGCGUGAUUUCACAGAACCCAACGCAACCCAAGAUUGGUAUUCAUAAGAUCAAUAGCAAACAGUUCCGACUCACCCUUGACGGAUGUUUCGACUAUGAUAAAGUAAAGAAGUAUGAAGUUAUUGUCAAAGCAAAUGAUCAUGGAGAAGAAAUGAAGUCCUCAACGGCUGUCAUUACUCUCAAUAUUGUUGACACAAACACUCAUCUACCAACAUUCAAAAGCAGGGAGUACCGUGGUGAGGUGCAAGAAGCGUCUAUCAAGGGUGAUAUCUUGAGAAUUGGGGUAGAGGAUAAAGACACUCCUAAAACUCCAGGUUGGAAUGCCAUAUAUUAUUUCAUGGAAGGAAAUGAGGAUGAAAACUACAAGAUUGAAACAGACCCUGACACUAAUGAGGGAAUUCUGAGUGUCAUCAAGAAAAAGGAUUAUGAAAAGACAAACACAGCCAAGCUGAAGGUUGGAGUAAAGAAUGCAGAACCCUUAACUAUUUGUAAAGAUUAUAAAGAUGAUGGCAAAGGAGAAGGGCCUACUCCAGAUUCAGUAACCAUUGAUAUCACGGUGAUCGAUAUGAAUGACCCACCAGUGUUUGACAAAGAUCCAGUUGAUGUGUACCAGAAGGAAGAGGAACAGCCAGGAAUGGUGCUGCACACACCGACGGUUCAUGAUGCAGAGGGGAACCCGAUCAGAUUUGAUCUGCUAGAAGAUCCAGCUGACUGGGUAACCAUUGAUGAAAAAACUGGAACAGUCACAUCAACUAAGAAGAUGGAUAGAGAGUCACCGUUUGUUGAUAACACGACAAACAUUUACAAAAUCCUCAUUCGUGCCACAGAUAAUGGUAAGCCUCAAGGCACAGGUACAUGCACUGUCCGGAUCCACCUGGGGGAUAUUAAUGACAAUCUACCUCAGCUGGUCAACAGAGGUGUUGUUAUGUGUGGAAAUAAGGUUAGCAAGGUCAUGGUGCAAGCCAAUGACUCAGACGCCGCUCCUUACAGUGGGCCCUUUACCUUCUCCCUGGGGGGUGAUGACAAAGAUCUGGCACAGCGAUGGAAAUUCGACCCUGCCACAGGAGAAGAAGGUGGCCUUGUUAGCCUGAAACAACUUCCCUAUGGUAACUAUCCAGUGCCCCUACUGAUUCAGGACCAACAGAACAUGGUUGGACGUGAUACUGUGGAUGUGACGGUGUGUGACUGUGGCGAGAAGAAUGUUUGCAAAGGCAAAGAGCCACUCUCAUCCAGCCUUGGGGCCCCUGGCAUUGGACUGAUCUUUGUAGGACUCCUCUUAUUCUUGUUACUGCUACUCAUUUUUAUGUGUCAGUGUGGGAAGAAGUUCACCAUCCCCACUGCAGAGGACGAGGGUAACCAGACCCUCAUCAAGUACAACCAAGAAGGAGGAGGCUCUGAAUGCAAGGCUGUGCCCACUCUGCCUCUGACACCAACACGCAAUGAGGCUGUGACAGACAGUAUAAAAAUGAGCACCAAACAGAUGUCCCAAACGGCUCCAGUAAUGAUCCAGGACAUGGAUACAUACAACAGCUAUGGACAAACCAUGAUUAACAGUCACAUGAGCUCAACGACCAUGCAGCAUCAAAGAGACACUCUUAGGAGCCAAGGAGGUCAGAACAUGUACUCUGAAUGGAAUACAAACAGGAUAAACACCAACCAGGGAGGCUCAUCGAGACACCACUCUGUCAGCCGGAGGUCAAAUCAACACAUAGCAGGUCACCUUGACAGGAGACUGCACACCAUUAAUGGAAACCAGGCAGACCACCCAGUGUACCAACCCCAUAACUACACCUAUGAGGGACAAGGAAGCAGAGCCCAGUCUCUGGAUGGGCUUUCUCUCAGCAACCAUGGAGACGAUCUGAACUUUCUGAAUGAUUUGGGACCGAAGUUCAAGACAUUAGGAGGCAUCAUGCAUCAGACAAUUCAAGAAAAGAGCUAAAGCUUCAAAAGGCAUCUUGAGUUUUUUUUAUGUUGACCAAUUAUUUUUGCUCCACAUUUGAGAUGUACAUAUAUGACUUUACUAUUGGAGGGAUUGUUUUUUAUUUGUACUUAACAAUUUAAAUGAUAUUAUGGAUUGGUAUCCAAUGGAUUAUCCAGAAGAAGUUGUACUUGUACUUGCUUGCUUGGACUUUGAGUUAAAGCACUGCACUAACUGUUAUGCUCUGGUAAUUUUGAAAACGUAGGUUUUGGCAGGGACUGGGUGUGUAUGGUUAUGUGUUUUUUUUACAAUUUUUUUCACUUCCUUGGCAGCGACUGCUGCCACAUCACAGUGCAUUGGACAGCACACCAUUUCUAGCUUUUGAAGUUUAUUCGUGGCAGUAUUAUUUGGAUUUUUAAAAGUCUGCAUUUAUCUUUACACUCUGCUCUAGAAGAUAUCUUAAAAAGGACUGACAGGAAUGUGACUUGUCAGAAAUCCUUUUUGUUCAAUAGUGACUGGAUAGUGCAUUUGUCCUUGUGGUUGUUAAUCUUCUGUUCAUAUGGCGGUGUGGAUUAAACUUGCUUUUCAUGG